AUGGCACUGGACUGGGUCCCGCCCCACCAAGCCUCCGAGAAAGCUGCCCUCAGCACUUGUGGCGCUGCCAGCCUAGACGGCUGGGCGGCUGCCGAGUUGAGGCUCACCCACACCGCUAUGCCGUCCCUGAUCGCGGAGUUUUGCGACGUCUGGUUGGCCACGACGAGAAUGGCGGUGGCUUGCGGUGGCAGACUCCCCCAGCAUGUGUCCGACGCCAUCUUCGGGUGGCGCGUGGUGGGCAUACCAAAGAUGGGCGAGAAUGAGAGCAUGCCCAUCAGCGUGGAAGCCUUGUUCGGACUCGAGCUGGACCUGAGCAAGACCCACGACAACGUGGACCGCGCCCUCGCCGCCACCGCGCUCGCCGCGCAGGGCGCCCCCGAGGGCGACAGCGUCGCCCCUUGCGCGAUGGUGGCGACCUCUCCCCCUUGGGAGUGCACCCCGGCGGUUGGAUGGGCCUUCAUGGGCGACCGCUCCAUCACAUCCAUCUCCGAGGCUGACCUCACCGUCGGCCCGCAGCGCACCAUGCAGUUUGACAUUGACGUCGAUUAUACCGAGAACGCCGCCAAGCGCCAGCAGUGGUCAGCGGCGGCGGAGUCCAACUCCGCGGAGCACUUGGGGCUACUCUGCGGCCAGAGCCGCCCUGAGAUCCCGAUCCAGCCGCGCGGCGGCUGGGGCCAGCUACUUGCUGCAGCGGGUGCGCUUCGGAGCUUUCCUGGCGCAGCUGACGUUCGUGAGAGAUUGUGCGCAGCAUAUCUUCGACCUUUCUGGAUGCGGGCUGCGCCCUUCCUCGAGCCGCCGCCGAAGAUGAUCGCGAGGCUGGUCUUCCGUGUGGUCAUCUGCACGCGCUGUGCCCAGUGGUGUUCGAGCCGCUGGUGGCGCCGCAGAGCGCAGCUACAUCCGCGGCUCGGACCCGCGCUUCAGGCGACGAAGGCGAUCCGCCCUGUGAGGCUGCUGCCCAGCAAGCACUUGGACCGAGCCCUGGCCAGCUACUUCGAGGAGCUGGGGCUGGA